AUGUCAUCGAAUCCUGAAUACGAUGUGAUUGUUGUCGGUGCGGGAAUCGUCGGUUCGUGUACAGCGUAUCAUUGUCGUAAGCUUGGGCUGAAAACACUGCAACUUGAACAGUACAAUCUGGGUCAUUGGCAUGGGAGCUCGCACGGGAUGUCGAGGAUCACAAGAAUGGCUCACACCCACGCUCCAUACAUCCCGGUCGUAAAGGAUUCAUUCGCGCAAAUCGCCGAAUUCGAGAAGAAACGUGGCGAGAAACUUUGGGCAAACACUGGCUUAGUUUGGAUGGCUGAUCACGCGACAAUCGAUGGGAUCGCGAAAACUGUUGGAGAAGCCGGCUUUGAACACGAAGUGUUAAGCAGUGCUGAGGCGCUUUUCGAUCCAAUGGGCGGAAUGAUCUAUCCAGAGAAAUGGUUGAAAGCUUAUCAAGAAGAGUAUCGUAAUUUGGGCGGAAUCGUGCACGAGGAUGAGACAUUUGAUCACGUUUCCGAGUCCGGUGAUACGGUAACCGUUCACACGAACAAAGGCAGUUACACAACGAAAAAAGCGAUGAUUUGUGUGGGCACAUGGCUGCAAACGGUUUUCCCCGAUAUCGCCAAGAUCACUCGACUUCAGCCUCAACGCAUUUGUGUGGCUUAUUGGAAGCCAAAAGAUCCGAAAGAUCUUUCGCAAUUCUCUCUAGAAAAGAUGCCAGUGGUGAUCAUUGACGAUAAAACGACAGGAGAAGAGGCAUUCGCUUUGCCAAUAAGAGAUUACCCGGACGCUAUCAAGUAUUGCAAGUACUUCGGCGACGCUUACAACGUCGGUGAUGCUGAGAAAGAGUUCGAGGCAGUGAAUCUCGAUCAGCCGAAAGCCCAUCUCGCUAAACAUUUCCCACUUAUUGACGCGAGUGCUCCAGCGCACGUCGACAAAUGCAAAUAUACGGUUUCCCCUGACAAGCACUACGUUUUCGAUUGGCAUCCAAAGUUCAAGAACGUUUUCAUUGGCGGUUGCAUGUCGGGCAGUGGUUUCAAGGUAUCGCCGGGAUUCGGACGAGCUUUAGCGCAUUUGGCUGCUGGGGAAGAGUCGCCCUUUGACCUCUCGAUGUUCAGUUUGAAAAGGUUCAAGGAUGAGCAGAAGCAG